AUGGAGUUCAAUGGGUUCUUUCAAAUUAUCAUCAUCAUUGCCACCGCCAUCGUGACUCUGUUGGAAAAAUAUGGCCAGUUGGUUAUACCCAUUUUCUACGGCACCAGUCCAUCAACGGUACGAAGACAAAGGGGGAGUUAUGAAGUUGCGUUUGCUCAACUUGAAAAACGUUUCAAGGGCACUAUCGACAAGGUCAACGUGUGGAGGGCUGCUUUGACGAUUGCAGCUAGUCUUUGUGGCUUCUCAAACAAAACAGGGACGGAGGCCAAUUUAGUUAAGAAACUUGUAAAUGAAAUUUGGAGCCAAUUGAAUCGAAAAUCUUCAAGUGUUCUACAGGGCCUUGUUGGAAUGGAAAAACGCAUUGACCAAAUUGAGUCAUCAUUAUGCAUUGAUUCACUUGAUGUAUACACUGUAGGUAUUUGGGGCAUGGGUGGCAUUGGCAAGACCGCCCUUGCUGAUGCUGUGUUUCAUCGACUCUCGUCUAAAUUUGAAGCUGCUUGUUUUCUUGGAAAUGUUAGGGAGAAAUCAGAAAAAAAAGAUGGACUAGUUCACUUGCGAAACACACUUCUUAGUGAGAUAUUGAAGGAAAAAGAUCUAAAUAUCGGCACUCCAACUAUAGGAUCAGAUCUUGUUAGAAAGAGGAUGGCAGGGACGAAGGUCCUCAUUGUUCUUGAUGAUGUAAAUGAUUCAAACCAAUUAAAUUUUCUAGCUGGCGAUCCUGCUCUGUUUGGCCCUAGAAGUAGAAUCAUUAUAACGACUAGAGAUAAGAGCCUACUUCAGAAAAGGGUUGAACAUAAUAAGAUAUGCAAGGUUCAGGAAUUAGAUUCUGAUGAAGCUUUUCAACUCUUUCAUUUGAGUGCUUUCCGAAAUAAAACUGCUAGCGAAGAUUAUACCGAGUUGUCCAAACUUGUGGUAGAAUAUGCUGGAGGCAUUCCAUUAGCUCUUAAAAUUUUGGGUUCCUCAUUCCUUCACCGUGAGAGCAAAGAAGAUUGGCUGGAUGAAUGGAAAGAAUUUCCAAGAGAAAAGAUCUGGAAUGUGCUGAGAUCAAGUUACGAUGGAUUAAAAGAAAUUGAGAAGGAGAUAUUUCUUGAUAUAGCAUGUUUCUAUCAAGGGAAAGAUGUGUACAUUGUAAAAGAAAUGCUAGAUAUAUGUGGCUUUCGUGCAGCUGCACUUGGAGUUUUGAUUGAUAAGUCUCUCAUAUCAAUUUCAACGAAUAACUGCCUGGAGGUGCAUAGCUUGUUACAAGAAAUGGGUAGGGCAAUUGUUCACGAACAAAGUAUUGAAGAGCCCAUAAAAUGCAAUAAAUUAUUCUUGGAUGAGGAUGUCAAUCGGGAUUUGAAAACUAACACGGGACGAGCAACGCUACAAGCCAUUUUCUUUAACAGGUCUGCGAUUGGAGGGAUACUCUUGAAUCAUGCAGACUUUCAAAAGAUGUAUGAUCUGAGGUUGCUGUAUGUUUACAACUCUAGCCGUAACAAGUACUGCAAAGUAAAAGUUUCUCUUCCCCAUUCUCUUACUUAUCUUGACUUGGAGGGAUACCCUUUCAAAUCUUUGCCAUCAAAACUUUGUUCGGAAUAUCUUGUUGAGCUUCAAAUGCGCAACAACCAUGUUGAACAACUUUGGAACGAGGUCCAGAAUCUUAGAAACUUAAAAGUGAUGGAUCUUGGCUUGUGUGAUCGUCUGAUUAAAGUCCCAGAUCUCUCUCAAAGUCCAAACAUCGAGCAUAUAGAUCUUUAUGGGUGUAAAAGUCUGGUUGAAAUUCCUUCGUAUUUUCCAUGUCUCAACAAGCUGAGUUAUCUUAACCUGACAGACUGCACCACACUCAAAUAUCUUUCGGAGAUGCCAAGCAGUAUUGAGUACUUAUAUUUAGAUAGCACUGCAAUAGAGGAAUUGCCUUCAUCAGUUUGGUCUCUUGAAAAAAUUCGGUUCUUGGAGCUUCCCAAGAAUAUACCAGUAUUAGACUUGAGUGGGGCAGCGACUAAAUGCAAAAAUAUUCUGGGUCUCCCAGAGACCAUUUGUAAAUUAAAAUCUCUGAAGAGACUUGAUCUGAGUGGAACCAAAAUAAAAAACCUACCUGCAAGCAUUGGUAAUAUGAAAUCUCUUGAGAAACUUGAUCUGAAUGGAACCACAAUUGAAAGCCUACCUGCAAGCAUUGGAGAUUUGAAAUCUCUUGAGAAACUUGAUCUGAGUGGAACCGCAAUUAAAAGCCUACCUGCAAGCAUUGGUAAUUUGAAAUCUCUUGAGAAACUUGAUCUGAGCGGAAGCGCAAUUGAAAGCCUUCCUGCAAGCAUUGGUAAUUUGGAAUCUCUUCAGAAACUUGAUCUGAGGGGAAGCGCAAUUGAAAGCCUACCUGCAAGCAUUGGUAAUUUGGAAUCUCUUCAGAAACUUGAUCUGAGUGGAAGCGCAAUUGAAAGCCUACCUGCAAGCAUUGGUAAUUUGGAAUCUCUUCAGAAACUUGGUCUGAGUGGAAGCGCAAUUGAAAGCCUACCUGCAAGCAUUGGUAAUUUGAAAUCUCUUGAGAAACUUGAUCUGAGUAGAAGCGCAAUUGAAAGCCUACCUGCAAGCAUUGGUAAUUUGGAAUCUCUUGAGAAACUUGAUCUGAGUGGAAGCGCAAUUGAAAGCCUACCUGCAAGCAUUGGUAAUUUGAAAUCUCUUGAAAAACUUGAUCUGAGUGGAACUGCGAUCAAGUGCCUACCUGCAAGCAUCAAAGAAGCUUCUGGGCUGAUUUGUCUGCAGUUAACCAAUUGCACGAACCUUGAAUCUUUACCAGAGCUCCCAGCGCAAGGAAGCUACAAUGGCGUCACCCAGGCCACAUUUGACUUCUACCCAAUAAUACAUGAUCGUCCUGAUGGCAGAGCCGUUGAUUGGUCCAAGAUAAAGGUGACAAAGUGCGGGGUCUUCCCAAUGUAUGCCCCAGUUGAUUCGAUAUUGGCAUCGAGGAUGAAACAGGUGAGGGAGAUAAAUGUAGAGGCACACGAAUCAUUUCCUUAUUUAGUAGAUCUCAUGUUUAACAGGAGGGCAGCCAGACCUGAUCUAAGUCUCUGA